UGAGCCAGAAGAAAUAACACCACCCCACUUCUGGCCUCGCAUGAAAGGCAGCUCUGAUACACACCCCCUCCACAGAGAUUACAGGAAUUUCUUACCUUUUCCUUUCCUUCCCUCUUCCAAGAUCACGACCAGUAAACGGUUGGGUUGACUCGGUGGCUGACUCAUUGACUCGACGGAGGAUAUGGCAUCGGAGAAUCAGCGAAUCGAAGACGAGCUCUCCUACCCGAUUCUCCUGGCGGAACGAAUCCGAAAGGCUGUCGACGAGGCCGAAUCCUUCAAAUUUGAGUGUUCCGAAGUGUGGAAGCAAGUCGAUCGUCUUCUUCAAAUGCUUCGAACCCUGGUUCGCUUCGCCAGCACAACCCCUUCGCUCUACGAGGUACCAAUUCGGCGUGUGGCCGCUGAGUUGUCGAAAAACCUCGAACGCGCCCUUACCCUAGUCCGAAAAUGUAAGCGACAGAGCUUUCUUCGACGGGUUGUGAACAUUGUUAGCACCGCCGAUUUCCGGAAAGUUCUUAACUAUCUAGAAGCUUCUGUGGGCGACAUGAAAUGGCUUCUUAGUAUCUUCGACACCGACGGCACCGGUUGCGGUGGGAUUGAGCUGUCUCUUCCUCCGAUUGCCAGCAACGACCCGAUUCUCUCGUGGGUUUGGUCGUUCAUCGCUUCUAUCCAAAUGGGUCAAUUGAAUGAUCGCAUUGAAGCUGCGAAUGAACUAGCUGCGCUUGCUCAAGAUAACGAUAGGAAUAAGAAGAUUAUAGUUGAAGAAGGUGGGGUUCCCCCAUUGCUGAAGCUUUUUAAGGAAAGCACACUUCCAACUGCUCAAAUUGCAGCUGCUAGUGCGUUAUGUCACUUGGCAAACGAUCUUGACAGAGUUAGGACGAUUGUGAACGAGCUAGGAGUUCCAACUGUCGUGCAGGUUCUUGGAGAUUCGCCGAUGAGGGUUCAAAUUCGAGCCGCGAAUUUGGUGGCUAGAAUGGCAAAACAUGACCCUGUUGCCCAGGAGGAUUUUGCCAGGGAGAAUGCAAUUAGGCCGCUUGUGACAUUGUUGUCUUUCGAUACUUUUGAUGAUGAUCAUACCGGUCAAUUGGGUAAGCAGAGUAUUCAUUCUAUUAUGCAAAUUAACAAGGAAUUGGAGAAAAAGUCAAUGGUUAGGUCAAGCAAUCGCCCGCUUACGAGUUCACAUUCGAAUUCAUAUUUGCAUAUGGAGGGAAGUAGCCGGGCGGGGAAUCACAGAAAGGAGAGGGAGAAUGAGGACCCUGAAUUGAAGCUUAAGUUGAAGGUUAGUUGUGCCGAGGCUUUGUGGAUGCUUGCCAAAGGAAGCGUGUCAAAUAGCAGGAAAAUAACUGAGACAAAAGGGAUGCUUUGUUUGGCGAGGUUGGUUGAGAAGGAGCAAGGAGAGCUUCAGUACAAUUGCUUGAUGACAAUAAUGGAGAUUACUGCUGCGGCUGAAUCAAAUGCGGAUCUUCGCCGGGCAGCAUUUAAGACUAAUUCACCCGCUGCUAAAGCCGUGGUGGAACAGCUCUUAAGGGUGAUUAAGGAUUUUGACAACCCACUUCUAAAAAUUCCAGCCAUAAAAUCAAUUGGUUCACUAGCUAGGACAUUUCCUGCACGAGAGACUCGGGUAAUUGGUCCUCUAGUAACACAAAUAAGUCAUAAAAUGUCUGAUGUAGCAACUGAAGCGGUCAUUGCGCUCUAUAAGUUUGCUUGUCCAGAGAAUUUCCUAUGUGUGGAGCACUCGAAGGCAAUAAUUGAGUUCAAUGGCGUCCCUGCUCUUAUGAGAUUCCUACGGCGUAAUGAAGAUACUCAAUUGCAUGGACUAAUCCUUCUCUGCUACCUUGCACUGCAUGCUGGGAACAGUGAAUCCUUGGAACAAGAAAGGGUAUUGACAACUUUAGAGGGUGUUGAUCGAACAGUUAUUUCCCAGCAUCCGGAAAUAAAAGAAUUAGUGUCAAAGGCAUUAGUUCACCUUAAUCUGUACCAUGCCGGAUCCCAUUCUCAAAGGAUUUCAUAUUAUCCUUGAGUACUUAUUCAGUAAGUUGGUGGGCUAUGUUUUCAUAGGUUCAUGAGAAUACUAUCGAAAUAGUUGCAUCCUAUGAAGCACUGAUACUGGAAAAGAUCUAAAGAAGUCAUAUUCUGUCAGGCAUGGAUGCUGCCAUGCACUAGACGCUCCAAUCAGAUAUGAAAUGACACUUCAAAUUGCACUUGAACGCUACUUAUUUCUUUGUGUCAUGUUUUGUGUGUGUAUAUAUUCCGUAUCAGUCUUUGGCUUAUUAGGUUACAUCUGGCUAACCCUUUGUGGAUAAAGGGGGUCUAUAGGAACAAACCGUACCUCUUGUAAGAAUAUACUUCAGUUUUUCAGCUUAGGCCGUCUUAUCUUUUUUCCCGUGAACUGGGGAACGUGGUGAAGGUCAGAGGUUAAAUUUGUUUUGGAUAAUAAACUCUUUUAAGCCCUUGGAAUUUCUCUGUAUACCUAUUUUGUUGAUUAAAUUGAUUCUCUAUCAUUCCUUUUGA